CGCUUCGGGGGCGCAGCCGCCACUUUCAUCCCGGCCACUCAGCAGCGGCUUUGGGGGGCCUCCAGCUCAGAGCGGCCGCCCCGCUCCCUCCGCUCACGAAGCCGGCAUGGUGCUCAAGGCCUUCUUCCCCACCUGCUGCGCCUCUGCUGACAGUGGCCUGCUGGUGGGCCGCUGGGUCCCCGAGCAGGGCUUCGCCGUGGUGCUGGCGGUGGUGCACUUCCCCUUCAUCCCGCUGCAGGUCAGGGAGCUCCUGGCCCGGGUGCAGCGGGCCAGCCAGGUGGGCCUGGCCGUGCUGGGCACCUGGUGCCACCGCCGGCGGGAGCCCGAGGAGAGCCUCGGCCGCUUCCUGGAGGGCCUGGGUGCCCUUUUCACCCACAAGCCCUGGCUCCAGCUGAGCCGGGAGCCAGACAGUCGGCGCUGGAACUGCAAGGUCUCCUCCCCUGGUGCUCCCUGCGGCGAGGACCAGGUCAUGCUCAUCUUCUACGACCAGCGCCAGGUGCUGCUGGCCCAGCUCCACCCACCAGCCACCCUGCCUGACCGCCGGGCCGGUGACGCCACAGCCACAGCCGCCGAGGGGGGCCUGGCUGCCGUCUUCCACACUGUGGCGCGAAGCGAGGCGCUCUUCCAAAGUGACCGGUUUGAUGAGGGCCCCGUGCGGCUUACCCACUGGCAGUCGGAGGGCGUGGAGGCCAGCAUCCUGGUGGAGCUGGCCAAGUGGGCCUCCGGGCCCGUGUGUCUGCUGCUGAGCAGCCUGCUGUCGCUCCUGUCCUGGCUCAGCACCUGGAGGCUGUGCCGCCUGUGCCCAUUGGCCUUCCUGUGCAGCAAGCUAUGUACCUGCCAGCAGCUCCGGCUCCGGCUGCAGCACCUUCAGCUGGUCUUCAGCACCCAGAAGGCUGAGGACCCUGCCCAGCUAAUGAGGAAGGCCAACACGCUGGUCUCUGUCCUCCUGGAUGUGGCCCUGGGCCUGGCACUGCUGUCCUGGCUCCACCGGGAGGACCGCAUUGGGCAGCUGGCUGAUGCCCUUGUGCCUGUGGCUGACCGCGUGGCCGAGGAGCUGCAGCAGCUGCUGGAGUGGCUGAUGGGUGCCCCUGCUGGGCUCAAGAUGAACCGGGCGCUGGACCAGGUGCUGGGCCGCUUCUUCCUCUACCACAUCCACCUGUGGAUCAGCUACAUCCACCUCAUGUCCCCCUUUGUGGAACGCAUCCUGUGGCAUGUGGGCCUGUCUGCUUGCCUGGGCCUGACAGUGGCCCUGUCCCUCCUGUCGGACAUCCUGGCCCUGCUCACCUUCCACAUCUACUGCUUCUACGUCUACGGAGCCCGGCUGUACUGCCUCAAAGUCUGCGGCCUGUCCUCCCUCUGGCGUCUGUUCCGGGGCAAGAAGUGGAAUGUCCUGCGCCAGCGGGUGGAUUCCUGCUCCUACGACUUGGACCAGCUGUUCAUCGGGACCCUGCUUUUCACCAUCCUGCUCUUCCUGCUGCCCACCACGGCCCUGUACUACCUAGUGUUCACGCUGCUCCGGCUUCUGGUGGUGGCUGUGCAGGGCCUGAUCCACUUGCUUGUGGACCUCGUCAACUCGCUGCCGCUAUACUCGCUCGGCCUGCGGCUCUGCCGGCCCUACAGGCUUGCGGCUGGUGUGAAGUUCCGGGUCCUGGAGCGUGAGAGUGACGGGCCCCUCCGACUCCUGAUGCAGAUAAACCCACUGCCCUACAGCCAUGUGGUCCACAACUUCCGCCUGCCCAGCUGUGGCUGCCACCCCCGGCAGUCCUGGAGUUCCUUGUGCCGCAAGCUCUUCUUUGGGGAGCUCAUCUACCCCUGGAGGCAGAGGGGGGACAAGCAGGACUGAGGGACCCUGGCCACCAGCACAGCCACCGUCAGGGUGACAGGCAGCCCCAUGUCUGGACCUCCCUAGGCUCUGCAUGUCUACAUCUCCCUGCCCCAGGUCGUUGGCGUGGCCAGGGGCCUUCACUGCUCCUCCUGUCAGUCGCCUCAGAGCUAUGUAGGCCCAGCAGUGGGCGACAACCCCUCCAAGCUGAACACAGCUAUGCUGGCCCGAGGGAGCUGCUGGAGGGACACCGCCCUACAUGUGGGUACCGUGCCCACCCAGCCUGUUCAGCCCCGGAGCAUCUUGGGACUUGUGUGGCCUGCAGGCAUGCUGGCCGAAUCUGAGUCAGGGGUGAGUCCAGGACCCAGAAAGGAAGCCUGAGGACACAGUGGCAUCACCUGCUCUUAGUCACAGGCUCUGCACGGGUGCUUCUCCCUGUCCCCUAGUGCUGUUUGCUGCUGGCUGCCAGAAUGGGCCAGCUCUGGCCUUUAUGUUGUGACAAUAAAGUGCCCCUUGUGGA